AUGGAAUGGCAGGCUGCUAACAACUGCCGCUGGGGAGGCAUCAAUUGGGUUGACAUGGGUACCGGGACCCAUUAUGGAUUUGCAACCCUAUCAAGCAACCUGGGUCAUGUUGGGGUUGAUACGGCCGGCACAUGGGCAAUUGGCAGACCUCAGGCCGUCAUUGAUUGGGGCUACCGGGCAUGGCACGGUGUCACAGUACUGGGAAAGCUCUUUAUCAAAGAGUGGUAUGGCUCAGCUGCUGAGUAUAGCUACUUCUACGGAUGUUCAACUGGUGGAAGACAGAGUAUGAAGAACAUGCAAGGCUAUCCUGACGACUAUGAUGGUAUCCUGGCAAGUGCUCCUGCAUGGUGGACUACCCACCAACAGCUGUACAACCUUAAGCAGACUACCUACCAGGCCCCUGCCAACUCAUUUCACACGAUUCCAGAGAGGAUGUUUGAUAUUUUGGCGACAGAGGUUCUGAGACAAUGUGACCCGCAAGACGCUCGGAAGGGAAGUGAGGCUGCAUGGCUACUUGGAAACAUCGGCUUAGGUGAGGAUAGUACCAUUGACCAGCAGCUGUGGUAUCCGCGUGAUCUUAUGGGUCUUGGUGACAGCUUCAAUUGGGAAGACCUUGACUUCAGCACCAUGGAGCUCGCUGAUAAACUGAAUCCCGGAAACGCCACUGCCGACAAAUACGAUAUUAGUGCUUCCCAAAAACGGGGUGGCAAGUUUCUUCACUACCAUGGGCUGUCGGAUGCAUACGUCUCCCCGGACGCUAGUAUCUAUUACUAUGAUCAGGCCUCCAGAGCUUUGGAGCCUCAGGGUAUUGAGAUGGAUGAUUUUUACAGAAUGUUCCUCAUUCCCGGCAUGGAGCACUGUAUCUCUACUCCUGACAACACGAAUGCUCCUUGGUACAUCGCUGGUGCCAACCAAGCGGCCACUAUCAAUACUGGAACCUACAGUGUACCAGGAUAUAGAGACGCUAAGCACGAUAUAAUCAUAGCCAUGAUGUCUUGGGUUGAGAAUGGAACCGCACCUGACAGCAUCAUCGUUGUAACCAAGUGGAAGAACGAUACUACCGCAACUGAUGUGCUUCGUCAGCGUCCGAUCUGCCACUACCCAUACCAGGCAAAGUAUCAUGGGAAGGGCGACCCGGAUGAGGCGAGCAACUGGUCCUGCAAGUUGCUAUACUAG